AUGUCGAACGAUUCGUCUGCGAAGUCGCCAAGUACGGCAGCGGCGACGCCCGCGGAUGGCACCACGGGGGUAGCAGCAGCUUCAGAGGCGCCUCGAACGCGUCCCAGGUUCCAAAUUUCUCCUGUACCACCCAACCCGCUUGGAGAAGGUCGCUGUAUACGGACAGCUGCAGCCCUCAUCAUUGGCGACGAGAUCCUUAAUGGCAAAACGCGAGAUUCAAAUUCAAAUGUGUUCGCCCAGUACUGUUUCGAGCACGGUAUUGAUUUGAAGAGAAUUGAAGUGAUUCCUGACGACGAGAAUGAGAUAAUCGAAGCUGCCCGCCGUUUGACCAGCAAAUACGAUUUCGUCGUUACCAGCGGUGGAAUCGGACCCACUCAUGAUGAUAUCACCUAUGAAUCAAUCGCCAAAGCCUUCAACACCAAAGUCGUCCAUCACCAAGAAACAAUCAACCGAAUGCACAUCAUGAACCAGUACAGGAACUGGGCUCUCACUCAGACGGAGGAACAGAAAGCGGCGCAGCACAGGAUGGCACUCUUCCCAGAGACUGCAGAAGUCAUUUACGUCGAUCCCGAAAUUUGGGUGCCCGUCGUCCGCCUCGAGGGCAAACUUUGCAUCCUCCCUGGAAUCCCUGGUCUAUUCCAGAAAAUGCUGCACGCCUUGACGGGCUUCCUUCCUCUCCCUCCCAAGCAGGAGCGCCCCCUCCGGAUACAAAUCUUCACCGAGCGUCCUGAAUCGAUGAUCGCCCCGUACCUUACGCAACUGCAGGAACGGCUCAAACCCCACGGGAUCCAAGUGGGGUCAUACCCCGUCCUCUACAAAGGCGUCUUCGUCAGCUUAAUCGGACGAGACCUGGCUACCUCCCCGUCUGCAUCCCCGCCAUCGCCGGCCAAUGCUCUCCCCGGUACCCAACCUUCCGAACCACGGCCCUCGUCACCGGGACGGAAAGCUCGCAUGAAGACAAGGGUAUGGCUAGCGGAGAUUGCGCGCGAGGUGGAGAAGGAGGUUGGAGGUCGCGUUCUAAGCGAAGAAGAGGUCGCACAGCAGAAGGAAGCGAGUAGAACUGCCAUGGAGAACAAGCGGACUGGGCAGGUGGAACUCCAGGCGACAGCUACUAAAAGCGAAGCGAACGCUCAAGUCAAGGCAAAGUAUUGAUUGACCGUUGAAUUGAAACCCCCGAGGAUUGUACUCUUCGUUUCUUGAUGAUUGACAUCACAGUGUAUUCUAUGUGCAAAGAAAUUCCAUUGGCGGUAUCAUAUGUAACACAGGCAGGGGCAUCAGAAAGCUAACUACUUAGAAGUACAGAUAAUACACGUUUGAGAGGC